AUACAUCCGGUUGCUGAUAGCGGAAGUGUUUAACUCGGGAGACCACUCGGAUUUUAGCUACAAAAUUCAGCAAAUUAUUCUAAUUCGCGGUAAAUUGUGCCGUUCUAGAAACACCUACCAACUUAUCGGUUGCUUUUACUGCUGGCAUGUCGGAAUAAGAAAGCUGCGAUGGACGCAUCACCUUUCUACGGCGUCCCGCCAAUCGAGAGCGACGACAGCUGCCUCAGCGACAGCGUCAGCGUCAGCGACGAGGACAAUGGAGCAACAGAACCAAGUGACGACAGCACCGCCGACGAAGACCCUGACUGGACUGACGACGCAGCCGCGUGCACCAGCGCUGCUACCACAAGAAGGGUGUCAGCCGCCGCUUCGACAAAAUGGCAGGAGGUCGUGUGGGACUCGGUUCAGCAGCAGAGCUCUGCAAAACACUAUCCCGUCUGGCAGGGCACGCUUCCAGAUGCGGAUGAAACCAGAGAGCCCGUUCAGUACUUCCGAGACUUUUUCGACGCUGAGCUUUUGGAAACAAUUUCGAAACAAAGUAAUCUGUAUUGUGCACAAGAAAGUCCCAACAGUGCCCUUAAGUUGGACCCCAGCGAGCUGGAGCAGUUUAUCGGCACCGUCAUGUAUAUCAGUGUUAUACACUUGCCAAGGUUACGAAUGUACUGGUCCAACGAUUGUCGAAUACGGCAGGUGGCGGAUGUGGUCUCCCGAGACCGAUUUGAAGAAAUUACAAAAUUCCUUCACUUCAACGACAACAACAACAUGGCGGCGAACAGCAAGGACAAGCUCUUCAAAAUCAGGCCAAUUGUUGAUUCCCUUCUGCACAAAUUUCAGGCUAUUCCUCAAGACCAAAUGUUGUUCAUUGGUGAACAAAUUGUCCCUUUCAAAGGGAGAUCCUCUCUAAAGCAAUACAUGCCCAAGAAGCCUCACCGAUGGGGAUAUAAAAUCUACGUGCUUUGUGACACAAAAGGCCUGGUGCACUCGUUUGACAUAUUUACCGGCAGAACCGCUCCUGAACGCGGAGAACCCGACAUUGGACCGACUGGAAACAUUGUGCUGAAGCUCGCACAAGCCGUCCAGCGGGCCGACGAUCACCUGCUCUACUUUGACCACUGCUUCUCCUCCUUGGAUUUGCUCGCUGCUCUUGCGAAUAAGGGGAUUCCAGCGCUUGGGACGGUGCAGCUGAACCAACUGCAAGGGUGCUGCUUCAGCACCAACUCCGACAUGAAGAAAAAGGGAAGAGGGACGUUCGAAGAGAAAAAGGUCGUCUUCGACGGUGCAGAAAUGAGGGCAGUCAAAUGGUUUGACAGCAAGGGGGUGAUCGUUGCCAGCAAUUUCCCCGGUGCUCAGUCUAUCUCCAGAGUGAAACGAUGGGACAAAAAGUUGAAACACAACGUCUUUGUGACAUGCCCGAGCAUCAUUAGCCUGUACCACAAGUUCUUGGGAGGCGUCCACGCGCUCAACGCACAAAUUGCGUCGUGUCGCAUCCAGGUCAGGUCAAAGAAGUACUACCACAGGUUCUUUUUUCACUUUGUCGACAUGGUGGUUGUGAACAGCUGGCUGUUGUAUCAACGGGACUGUGAUUCUCUGGACGUUCCAAAAAAGGAGCGGAAGGACUUGCUGGCUUUCAGAACAUCGGUGGCGCAAGCGCUCUGCAUGCAGUUCAAUGAGAACUCCAGCGUGAAGAGGGAGCCGCCGUCACCUGACGGGGAAAGGGAAUUGCAAAAGAAGAAAUUUCGAGGUCCAACUCGGGCUCUUCCAACCAUGGAGGUCCGGUCGGACGCCGUGGGUCACUGGCCAAUGACGGACAGCGAGCGGCAGCGCUGCAAGUUCAAUAAAUGCAAGGGCCAGAGUGUCUACAAAUGCUCAAAGUGCGGCGUUCACCUGUGCCUCAACAAGCACAAUAACUGCUUCAUAGAAUUUCACAAGUAACAAUAGCUUCUUACUGCAGAUGAAGAGACGGCCAGACCAUCUCCUUUGAUAUUUUCUGCCCGUGGUUUAAUUACGACAUGUCAUCCAGUUCCUGAUGGGGUACAGAUCAUGAUUCUUCCAGCACCAUGUUUGACUGAAUGAAGUCUUGGCUUUCCCUAUUUUCAUCUGGGCUUUUUUUUUUUUUAGCAAAACCAGAAGAAAUCUGUCAGAUAAAAACUCAUUUCCAACAACAUUUGAAAAGUUAUUCAAUUAUGCAUUGCGACUAAAUUUGUAUCCGUUCUAUUGAUCCAAAUCGAUCUUCGCUGUUUGGUGUCUGCUUAAAAACAAAAUUAUGAUUUCCAGCAAAAUGUGCAGUUGGUGAUUUUGAGAAGCUGCAUAAUAUUAAAAGAAAUUGACAGUUAAAAAUGACUUAAAACGUCAACCGUGUCUACAUAUGGCUAUGGAAGCCGUUAUGUUGUAUUUGAUUGGAAAUGUUAAAAAAAAAUGAGCCUAGUGGGCAUCAAUUUGUGUUUGAGUAACCCCGCGACAAUGAAGGUGCUUUCUGACAGUUUAGGAUCACAGUGCGGAGUUGUAAAAUGAGAUGUUUUCCAAUGUUAUUUUUAAAAUAAAUAUCUAAAAUGCGUCAUGAUUUUGAGCUCAAUCAGCAUGUUCUCUUGUUUUUUCCAUUUUGAAGAGAAGCUAACAUCUUAGUACUGCAGAAAAAAAAAACUCCACACCUGGCCACAUUUAUUUUGUAUUUUUAUUGAUGUAAUUAUCCAUGGUUUUAAUUUUAUCACUCAUCCAGUAAUAAUCAUGGCUUUAAAAUAAACUGACGUCCCUAUCAUCCAAAGUCACCCUCCUCCAUUUAAACACGCAAUAGAAAAAUAUAUACUUAAUACUUUGUACAAUACUGGUUUUGGUCCAAACAAAAGUGGAUCAGAAAAGCCAAUAUACCUUUUACUCAAAAAGGUUCUCCAAUUUGCAUUUAAGCUCCUUUUAAAUGGAUUCGGGCAACUUUGAAUAUAGGAAUUUUACAUAAUAAAUUCUAAAGACAAAAAUGCUGAAUGCAGAGUCUGUAACACAAAAUUCAACUUCACAGAUUAAAAAAAAUAUCACUAUUUACAGGCUUUUAUAAUAUUCAAAGGCCAAUUAAGAGAGAGAGAGAGGGUGAGGCAGACAGAGAGGUGUAAAGGGAAAGUUUCAGGAAUCAGGAGGAGGAAGGGCGGGAUCUCGAGAGACGAGAGGGCACAGAAAGCAGAGUCGUGGAGCGAACCAGAGCAAAUCAAACAUGUAACAAGAAUUUUCAAACUACGCAUUU